GUAAAAAGUCAACAACUUAUUGAAGUGGUAAUUUUGAGAGAGAAAAUGGACUCCACGCAGCUAAUGGAAGACGAAGACGAAGACCAUGAGCAUGAGCAUGACCAUGGAAGGAAGAUGGAGUGGGCAGGAAGUGAAACCCACUUGGGAGGAAUACCUCGAAAGAUUGCCUUCAUGGCAAUCGGUUCACUCUCAAAGCUACUCGCUUCUUCUCUCAAUUCCACCUCUGUUCAAAAUCCCCAAACCCUUCUUCAUCUUGUUCGAUCUCGCCCUCCAGGGGUUCCUCUAAUCACUGUUGCCAAUCACAUCUCCGUCUUGGAUGAUCCUCUGAUCUGGGGUUUCCCUGGAUUUCCUUCCAUGGAUUCCAAUCUCGGUCGUUGGGUAUUGGCUGCUAAAGAUAUCUGCUUUACCAAUAACUUCUCCUCCUACUUUUUUCGAAUUGGGAAGUGCAUACCUAUCACAAGGGGUGGUGGCAUUUAUCAAGAACACAUGAAUGAAGCUCUUGAAAAAUUAGAUACUGGAGCAUGGUUGCAUAUAUUUCCAGAAGGGAUAGUUUCCCAAGAAGAUGCGCCUAUAAGACGAUUGAAAUGGGGAACGGCCAGUCUCAUUGUUCGUGCAAAAAUAAAGCCAAUAGUUUUGCCAAUUUUCCAUCGCGGGUUUGAACAGGUAAUGCCUCAAAGUGCUCCUUAUGGAAGAAGACCUCUUUUACCAUUAUGUAAUAAGAAGAUUAAAAUCAUUGUAGGAGAGCCAAUCGAAUUCAACCUUCCGAAAAUGAGGCAGAUGGCUACUACAUCUCAAUCUCAUAGUACUUCAUUGGGGUGGCCAACCGCUCCUGAUGGUUUGGAUGAGGCAACACAAACAUGUCUCUAUUCAACAAUCUCAGAUCAAAUCCGAACCGCCAUGGAAAGCUUACGAGCUCUUGGUGGUAAUGAUGAAAGGGUUUAACUCUCGAAAUCAUUUUAUGGAAUUGGAAUGCAUACAACACUUGAUGGAGGAACAGAAGUUCAUCGAAUGAAUGGUUUCGGGUGCAUGAUGAUCAUGCAAUCGGGAUGAGAACAACAAAUUUGUUCCUGUACAGUUCUUGGUAAUUUCUAUUCUAAAAUUGUGAAUUUGUAAAGUUUAACUUCUUGUAUUUGUUCAUUCAAAAAAAAAAACUUCUUGUAUUUGUAUAAACUAUUCAUAAAUGGUUCUUAUUUUUCCUCUUAUUUGGUUGGUUAUUCAUGUUAUUUACCCAUAAAUAAUAGUUGUCGUUUU